AUGAAGACUCCAGUGGGGCUAACUCCUUUCCAACUUGUUUAUGGGAAGACUUGUCACUUGCCGGUUGAGUUAGAGCAUCGUGCUUAUUGGGCUCUCAAAUUCUUGAACUUUGACCCAUCCAUGUCUGCGGAGAAGAGAAAGAGACAACUUUUGGAACUUGAAGAAAUGCGCCUCCAUGCCUAUGAUUCCUCCAAGAGCUACAAGGAGAAUGUCAAGUUUUACCAUGACAAGAAGUUGGUGAAGAAAGUCUUCCAUCCGGGUCAACAAGUCUUAUUGUUCAACUCCCGCUUCAAACUCUUUGCGGGCAAAUUGAAAUCCAAGUGGUCGGGUCCGUUCACUAUCAAAGAUGUCAAACAACAUCGAGCUGUUGAACUGAUAGAUCCUUCCUCUGAUGACCCACAAAGAAGUUGGGUAGUCAAUGGGCAACGACUAAAGCAUUACUUAGGUGGUGAGGUUGAACACCUCAACACAAGUAUUGAGUUGGUUGACCCCUGA